UCAAGGUAAAUCCACAAUCAUGGCGGUGACAACGAAGGUCUUCUUGCUAAUCGUUUUCGAUAUACUUCUCGCCUGCACAAGUUUUGCUUCCGGGGAAGGAUCAAGAGAAUGGAGCAGUUGGACUGGGUGUAGCCAGACGUGCGGAUACGGUGUUGAUUAUCGACACCGUCCGUGCCCCCGGGGCGAUCAUGCGGAGUGUGACGUUUCAGAACUGGGACAGCUGAAUAGAUGUAAACUCCAAGAAUGUCCAAUUCAUGGAGGAUGGAGCCAAUGGACUAAUUCAUCUGAGUGUUCUUCUCCAUGCGGCUACAGGAACCAGACCAGGAGUUGCACCAAUCCGAUCCCUACCAAUGGGGGAAGAAAAUGCCCGGGAGAGACAUCAAAAAAGAUCCGAUGCUGGGGCCUUCCUGAUUGUGAAGUGGAAUCUAGUAGCCUGCAGUCUUCCUGGGCACCUGAUAAUGUCAGUAAGCACCCAACAACUCCAGAGGUAGUGGAACCGGAAAACAGUCCGUUGUCCUCUAUCCCUCAUCCUGCAAAUUCGGGAAACAUUGAUCCAGUUACUCCAGGCGAAGGGAUAUCAUGGGUCAACACUGGUGGUGCACAUGCUGUGAGUUUUGAGCAUUACAAUGCUGGAGAGUUGCAAGAUGGUAGCCCCACUCCUGAUUCGGGCAACUUUAGCAUGUUAUCACGGAUCAGCACUGGUGAUUCUGCAGAUCAUGUGAGUUCUUUUGAUGCUGGAGAGUCGCAUGAUGGUAGCCCGCCUACUACUGCAGGCGACAUUCACCCCACUUCUCAUGAGGGCAAUCCUGGCACUGUCCCUCAGGGCUCCGGGGAUUCUAACGCAGGAGACCAAGAUGGCAGCCCCACUCCUGAUUCGGUCAACUUUAGCAUAUUAUCACGGAUCAGCACUGGUGUUUCUGCAGAUCAUGUGAGUUCUUUUGAUGCUGGAGAGUCACAUGAUGGUAGCCCGCCUACUACUGCGGGCGACAUUGACCCCACUUCUCAGGGCAAUCCUGAGACUGUCCCUCACGGCUCCGGGGAUUCUAACGCAGGAGACCAAGAUGGUAGCCCCACUCCUGAUUCGGUCAACUUUAGCAUAUUAUCACGGAUCAGCACUGGUGUUUCUGCAGAUCAUGUGAGUUCUGUUGAUGCUGGAGAGUCACAUGAUGGUAGCCCGCCUACUACUGCGGGCGACAUUGACCCCACUUCUCAGGGCAAUCCUGAGACUGUCCCUCACGGCUCCGGGGAUUCUAACGCAGGAGACCAAGAUGGUAGCCCCACUCCUGAUUCGGUCAACUUUAGCAUAUUAUCACGGAUCAGCACUGGUGAUUCUGCAGAUCAUGUGAGUUCGUUUGAUGCUGGAGAGUCGCAUGAUGGUAGCCGGCCUACUACUGCGGGCGACAUUGACCCCACUUCUCAGGACAAUCCUGACACUGUCCCUCAGGGCUCCGGGGAUUCUAACGCAGGAGACCAAGAUGGUAGCCCCACUCCUGAUCCGGGCAACCUUGGUAUAUCAUUGAUCAGGAAUGGUGAUUCUGUGAGUUCAGCUGAGGAUUCGAAUGCAGGAGAGACGCAAUAUGGUAGCCCCAUCGUGAUAUGGGCAACAUUUGCAUAUUAUGGAGCAGCACUCGAGGUUCUCUGAAUUCUGAUAAGAAGGAGACGCAAGUCCCCUGCCCUACUUUCCUGGUCAUAACUACGAGCGAUCCAUAUGUACAUUUGCGCAUAAAGUCCAAACUAUGAUCCAACAAUUGACUUCAAUAAAUGGAGAAAUCGAGAAAACAGAACGCUGAAAAUUUAUCCAAAGUUAGAUCUACCGUAUAAUAAGAAAGGUGUAUCACCAUCAGAUACUCUGAUAACAAGAUCAGUGUUUUUGCAUGAAAAUUAACCGGGGUUGUUCCGUAUAACACAUAGGUUAGCGAUUGAUCGUACGCUUGAUUUUCACGAUUGAUUGUACAUUGUAGUCAAUGCAAUUAAUCGUAUAAAAAUGUUCUUCGAUGUGCUACGGGCCCUUGGACAUGCUGGGAGAAGAGAUAAAUUCGGAAAAUAUGAUCGCAUUGCAAAUUGAUAUAUUACCAGGGGGCCGUUUCAUAAAGCUGUUCGUAAGUUAAGAGCGACUUUAAGAACGACUGGUGAUCCUUUCUUACGCGCAAAACCAUCGCUAAUGAAUAUACCAUUUAUCAAAAGAAAGGAUCACCAGUCGUUCUUAAAGUCGCUCUUAACUUACGAACAGCUUUAUGAAACACCCACCGGCUUCCUUGUGGGAAAAAUAGGAGAAGUAUGACUUCCGGAUUCCUUACAUCCAUUUUAGUGUUUUUCUUGUUUGAUAUUUCUCUACUUAUUUGGAUGAGCCCUGCUUCAAAACUUGGAAUAUUAUUAUUAUUAUUAUUUUAUUCGGCAUUUCAACAAAAACAGUUUUUUACAAUCAAUUUACAAGAGAAUAUACAAUUACAAGUGAAAAGGGAUGUUUACAGAACAAGUCCAAAUAUUGAAUUUGUGUAGGGCCUACUGACAUUAUACCAUCGAUUUACUGGAUCGUUCUGAUAAAUUCAUUUGUCAUGAUUAAUUCAUCUUUGUUAUGUAUAAGUAUUGUCCGGAAAUAUGUCAUUCGAUUUUGCUGAGAAUGAUUUGUAUGAUUGUGUAUUAGAUUUAUGAGAUAAAAUAAUGAUAAAAAAAAACGUCUUUGAAAAUAUAUAGGUUGCGUCAGAUAGAAUCUGUGGUAUUAAAGGACAAGUCCACCCUAACAAAAAAGUUGAUUUGAAUAAAAUGAAACAAAUCCAACAGGCAUAGCAAUGAAAAUUUCAUCAAAAUUUCGCUCUCAACUUCACGAAACAGUUAUAUGCACAUCCUGGUCAGUAUGCAAAUGAGGAGAUUGAUGACGUCACCCACUCACUAUUUCUUUUGUAUUUCAUUACAUGAAAUAUGAUAUAUUGUAAUUUUCUCCACAUUGUCAAGUGAAACGAUGAUUAAUUCCUCCAUGAACAUGUAGAAUUAGCAUUGUUUAAUACUAUAUGGAUCAGUCAAGUUGGUCCUUAUUGUAAAAUAUGUAAAAAAUUAAAUAUUGUAUAAUUCAUACAAUAAAAUACAAAAGAAAUAGUGAGUGAGGGACAUCAUCGACUGUUUCAUUUGCAUGUCACCGAGUUGUGCAUAUCACUGUUUUGUGAAAAAUAAGCGAAACUUUAAAAUGUCAUAACUUUCUUAUUUUACAUCCGAUUUUGAUGAAAAUUUCAGUGUCAUGCUGGUUUGAUUUUUCUCUAUUUACUCAAAUCAGCAUUUUUCUGGGGUGAACUUGACCUUUGAUGAAACCCUUAUCUGGGAGUCUUUUUUAUGCUAUAGUCACACUCACACCACUGUGUAAGUAUAAUUAUGAUUUCUAGUAAAAUGUUAAAAAAGGAAGGAUUAAAUAUUAAAUUCAGAAUUCGAUUGGUCGAUACCGACAGUCAAUUUGGAGUUAUAUCCAUUUUUUUCAAUUUAGAGUGGAGUUUUCUCUAUGUACCCAGAUAUACCUAUUAACAAAUGUUUUAACGAAUAAACAGAUUUGUUUUUGAUAUUCA